CCAUGCCCCAACUGGCCCAUACGACUUAUACAUGGGCUCGCCCACUCUCCCACCCAAUAUAUUGUCCGCUGAACCAAUCGACGUAGUGCGGCGUUCAGCUACCGAUUCAAAGCUCUCUGCUCGAUCUCCUGCCGCCAUGGUGAACGUUCCAAAGACCAAAAAGACAUUCUGCAAGUCUAAAGAAUGCAAGAAGCACACAUUGCAUAAGGUCACUCAGUACAAAAAAGGAAAGGAUAGUCUUGCAGCUCAGGGGAAGCGUCGUUAUGAUCGUAAACAAUCGGGUUAUGGUGGACAGACCAAACCAGUCUUCCACAAAAAGGCCAAGACCACAAAGAAGAUUGUCUUGAGGCUGCAAUGUCAGGGAUGCAAGCAUGUUUCUCAGCACGCAAUCAAGAGGUGCAAGCAUUUUGAGAUUGGUGGUGACAAGAAGGGGAAGGGAACAUCUCUUUUUUAAAUUAGUCUUGGAAUAUCAUAUGUUGUUUUAUUUUGUUUGUUAUAUCAUGGAGGUUCUAAUGCAACAAUUUAGUUUUGUCAAUUUUGUUGGUUUUGUUGUAACGGUCAAGUGCAUUAGAGAAUGAUAUGUAUUAUGACUGAUCUUUCUGAAAUGUCAGAGUGCUACUUUUAGUUCUGCUGGUAUAUUUUUUAGGGAGUAUACUACUUGCUUUUGUAUGUUCUUCACAGAUCAAGGAGUCAUAAAAUUUAAACUGAGACGCAGAGGUCAUUUGGUUAU